AUGAAGAAAGAAUUCGUUUUCUUGUUUGUGGCUUCACUGAAACGAAUUGUGACAGCAAAUGAAGAAUGGAUGCAAGAGUGCAAGAACCAGAGUGAAAACAUUCAAAUUCAUUCGGCUGAUGGCAACUGGAGAAACCUUACGAGCGAUGAGACGUCUAAUCAAUAUUUUUGGAUCGAACGAACGUUCACGUGCACUGCUGAUCCAGACCAUUUCGCGCUUGUUCGAAUCAACCACAACAUGGAUUUUCCGUCAGAAACAAAAACUAUCACUUGUGGAUCGCGGCGUAAAUGGAUGUACAAAGGUGAAGUCGUUUUCAAUGUUGGAUGCUACACAGGCACACGGGCAGAUUGGAUCCAAAAGUCCGAAGAAGAGGAAAGAAUUCGAAAUUGGAUGGGCGAGCAUCACGGAGCUAAAGAGGAUCAAAAGGAUUGGACAUGGGGCAGCACCCAGUAUGAACAACAAAAGAAAAUGCAGCGAAUGGCUUCCGAAAUCCAAAAUCUUUUGGUUAACACCGAUAAUAUAAUCAGGAAGCAAGUCGCCGUUGUACCGGCAGACUAUGUGAAUGCUUUUUGGGAAGGAUGGUCUUUCUCAGAGGACAACUACUACAUGAGAACGGGUUUCUUUGGCUUUGAAGACGAUAACUCUGUGCUGGAAUUUGAGAAUUAUGUGAUAUUUGUGUUUCGUGGUGGCUUUCGGCUUCCGGAGAGAUCAAAGCCUGAUACAAGAGAAGAAAUCAGUCGUUACUUUCAAGACACUUCGAAAUCGCGAGAACGACAUGACGGGAUCCAAUCACUAGCAGUGCAUUUAUGGAGUUGUGGUGGCCAUUUCGCGUUUGUUCAAAUAAACGACCAGAUGGAUUCACCGUCAGACACAAAAACUAUCGGUUGUGGACAGAAGCGUAAAUGGUUGCACAAAGGUGAAGUCGUUGUCACUGUUGGAUGCUACACGGGCCCACGGAAAGUCGUCAGCGCCUACUCGUUGAGGGCUUUCUUCAUCACGAAAUUCGCCUCUUUUCAGCGAAUUCGCUCCGAAAGACUCAAGCUCGCCGUUCGCCUCCCGAAAUCGAUCGCUCCAGUCCGGCCCCGGUUUCGUCUCGUUUCAAAGGCAUCCGACAUCUCGCUGAAAGAAAUCCUCUCACGAGAUGCUGCCGGUGAAAUACUCGAGCGAUUCUGCAAAGAUCAAAACUUUCUCAAACAAACAGACGAUGAAGGGAACACGAUGCUACACCUGGUUAUCAAGUUUUUUGGGGCUGAGCGUAUCACAUAUCGACCAAUUGGAGUCCCAGUUUGGAAACGAAUCUCUAAUCAUCUGAUCUACGAUUUUCCACCCGACAACGAUGGUUUGCCCGAUUCGAUUUAUCGAGGAGACUUAUCCAGUUAUCCGUCAGAUGCAUUGAAUUCGCAUUCACCUUAUGGGCCAACGAUGGACAUUGAAUCUGAGGAUGAGGAUGAAACAUUUCGAGAGUUCUUUGAAGAUUACCACCUUCGCCACUUCUCCACAUUUCUCAAGAACGGUGAUGAGCAUUUUGCUGAAAACGUGAUAAGUUGCGCAAAUUACCCGAAGAGUGAUCUUCUUUAUGGGGUAUUUCGAAUUAAGCAAGCCUAUGUAAAUCGAGGCGUUGGUUUUGAGUUACCACCACCAGAGCUCUGCGGAAAUGACAAACGACCCAAGAAGCUUUUCAGAAUUGAUGCACAAAUCACAUCUGGGCAAUCAUUUCUUCACACGUUAAAGGCUAUUGCUGAUGGCAUUACGAAAAACGAGACGAUAAAAGGCAAUCCGAUGAUUUCCUUCACGAAACCAAAAAGAGAUGGAUUUGUUCACCCGAUUGGAGCGUUUAUGGCCUAUGGGAUACAUGAGAAAUACGAUGUAGAGGAAAAUGCUGUCUCUGACUAUGCUCGAAUGCAAAAUGGAAAUAUGUUCUUUGCUUUUCGAGGUUCUCAAGAAAAUGAUCGAUUUGCUUAUUCACAUGCCACUUUUUUAUGGACCGCGGAAGAAACAGUACUGGUUGGAGACAAGAAAGUCACAAAACAGAUUCCGCUUCCAUUCAUCUACAACGUUGACUUCUUACUACACGAAAAGGAUCAAAUGAAUUCGGAACCGAUAACCAGUGAUGAGAUCCUGGAUAUAAUCAAUCAUAAACCGAAACAGAUGUCUCUUGGCGGUAUUCGUUUGGAGUUAAAAUGGGAUUCGUGGUCUUGUUGUAGUGCUUGUUGUGACAAACUGGAUUGGGAGAGUUGGCAUGCUACAAAUUGUCACGAUGUCCUGAGCUACCGUACUCGUCGGGGACUUUACCAUUUUACAAAAAUAAAUGACGCAGAGUUGAGAAAAAAUGACUCGAAGGAGUUGCCGAUUUAUUCGAUG